GGCGGGGGGGGGGGGGGAGGAGGAAGAGGGGGGUGUCGCGACGGUGGGAGAGAGGGCAGCGAGGAUGCGACUCCGGUUUGCCAUGGUUUGCGCAUCCAAUCAGAAUCGGAGUAUGGAGGCGCAUGCCCUGUUGAAGAAACAAGGAUUUGACGUGGCGUCUUACGGAACUGCCACGCACGUGAAGUUGCCAGGGCCCAGCAUUCGUGAACCGAACGUGUACUCCUUUGGGACGCCCUACGUGCAAAUGCACGAGGAGCUAAAGCGGAAGGAUCCCGACCUAUAUCGGAGGAAUGGGCUGCUGCAAAUGCUGAAGAGAAAUGGGUUGGUGAAGAGGGCGCCGCAGAGAUGGCAAGACAACGCCGAGGACGGGCAGUUUGAUGUUGUCUUCACCUUCGAAGAAAGAGUGUUUGACAUGGUUGUUGAAGACCUGCACAACCGAGAGCAGAAGGCGUUGAGGAGUGUCUUGGUAGUGAAUCUCGAUGUUAAGGACAACCAUGAAGAGGCAGCAGUGGGAGCAAAGCUUGCGUUGCACUUGUGCGAAAUGCUGGAAGCUACUGUCAAUUGGGAGGAUGAAGUAGAAGUUAACCACAGGUUGUCAGGACACUGCAGAGUUAACCACAGGUUGUCAGCACACUGCAGAGUUAACCCCAGGUUGGCAGGAACCUGCAGAGUUAUCCACAGGAUGUCAGGACACUGCAGAUGCCAGUUGUCAAGUACACUAGCAACUAAGGAGGGUAAGUGCACUGCAGAGUUAACCACAGGUUGUCAGGACACUGCAGAGUUAACCACAGGCUGUCAAGAACCUGCAGAGUUAACCACAGGUUGGCAGGAACCUGCAGAGUUAUCCACAGGUUGUCAGGACACUGCAGAUGCCAGUUGUCAAGUACAGUAGCAGCUAACGAGGGUGAGUAGUUGCCUAGCCCAGUGGGUUAGUGCAUUGAACUCUCAUCACCAGGUAGACAGACCCUGGUUCAAUUCUCGCCAGGGUAACAAGCAGGUUGAGUAGCAGCAGCAGUGAGCAAACCACUCCACUAUGUCUGCCGCCAUUCCGACUCGGUUCACACAAUGGUUUUGUUUGCAUCCUGCGCGAUGAGAAGUAGGUUGGGGUUUUGUUUCCCUGUGACUGCUGGCUCGUCUUCCAACGAACCAUGGAGAUUGACGAUACGGAAACUUGGGAAAUAAUUUGCACGUACUGAUGGAGGGAGAGCAGUGGCCAACGACUUUCCUUUGAGAGAGUGCUUGCAGAACUUAUACCGCAGGGGCUAGAGGAGAAUGGUCUGGACUGCAUUCUUGACAGGGAGGGGGGAGAGAGCAAGGAGGGAAAGGGGGCAGCCAAGGGCGGGGCCCAGGGGGCAGGGGGGCAAGGGGGGCAAGGGGGGGCAAGGGAGAAGAGGGUGGCGGCUUGUGUAUAUGUUUCUCUUCAGCAAAUGAAUGAUAUCCACCUGGACAUUUGGGACUAACAGACCCAUCAUCCAUCCUUCAGGUGUUUUCCACUGUACAGACUCCAUAGAGCGCAUUCAGGCCAACUUCAAAAAAUAUCUUGGAGGCGUAUCAGAUAGUAGCUUGGAAGUGAACUCCGGUUGUGCAUGUCUGGUCCAAGAAUCUAACACACAACCUAUGGCUUCCCAAGCCUUGGCAGACUGCAGCCAGGGAUAGUAGCUUGGAAGUCUACCUGUCCUUGGCCAAGCCUCGGCAGACUGAAGACAGGGUUGUUGGGAGAGCACGAGGUGGUAUUACUUCCCCAAUUCCUUAGGCAGUUUGCCUUGCUGUGACUAUCGGUGAAGCUUUUGUCAGCGACCCUUGAGCUAGGACGGAACAGCGUACAGAGCGUCUGAGAGAGCACGAAACCUCAGCAGAAGUAGUAGUGUGGGAGAUCAGUACCAACUUGCGGUCGUUGCAGGCUGGUGAGCUGGCGGCUUGACCUCGUCGGGACCCGUUGUAUUGUUCGUUACCUGCGUAUAAAAGCGGCUGUUAGUGUUUAAUUAGUUGAUUCUGCUGAGUGUGUGUUACUCAGCAUGACCCUCGUUCGACCUCAUGCCAACUUCUUAUUCUCUAGUGUUUGCUAGCUUCUUUUCCAGUGUUUGCUAGCUUCUUUUCCAGUGUUCGCUAGUUAAUGUGGAGGACCCUUUGAGUGUUAAUUUGUUUGUAGGCGCUUUUUUACCGUUACUUAGCUAGAGCGGCCCUGGUGUGGCCUGUUAGUGAGCCUUUUAGGAAUUUGUAAGCUGGCAGUGCUCUUGCAGAAAAAGCUGGUGUCGGAACCGAGAGCCGGAACCGCAUAUAUAUUGUACCACCAUGCUUGGAAAAGGGAUCAGGCAACCAAUGGGCCCAGCGCAGUUGGAACACCCAUGAACUGUUUUUGAAAUACAGACCGGAGUUCGAACCAAGCCAGACGUAGGCAAAUCAAAUAUGUGAAUUACCUAGACCUAGUUCCAGCCGAUGAGUUCGGCAGUGAUGAUAUCUCCAGGCUGUCGCCCCUUUCAAAAAUAAAAAUAAAAAGAAGAAGGAAAAGGAAAAGAAAAGGGAUCAGGCAAUCAACCAAGCACUCAGUCAAGAUAGCACAAGAUAGCAAUCAAAGCCUUUUACAGCU